UAGCAGAACAUCAGAUCGCAAAGCAGUAUUUUGUAGUUCCUUGCGGACGAGAUCUUAGUUAGACAAAAUUUGUCACAUCGUACAUCGGUCUUGCGGCGUUGUACACAUUCUAUAAUUUUCUUUCCUCUAACUACCAACUCCCACUAAUCAACUAAGGUCAGAAUGGGUGUUCCCAAGUUUUUCAGAUGGCUCUCGGAGCGAUAUCCUGCGAUAUCCCAACUUAUUGCUGAGAAUCGCAUCCCCGAAUUCGACAACCUUUAUUUGGAUAUGAAUGGUAUUAUACAUAAUUGUACCCACAAAGACACCCACGAUACCUCGUUCCGCCUGAGCGAAGAUGAGAUGUUCAUUCGCAUAUUUAACUAUAUUGAGCACUUGUUUGGCAAGAUCAAGCCCAAGAAGCUGUUCUUCAUGGCUAUUGACGGGGUGGCCCCCAGAGCGAAGAUGAACCAGCAGAGAGCUCGCCGUUUCCGAACUGCGUUAGAUGCCGAACAGGCUCGCGAGAAGGCAAUACGAGAAGGUCAAGAACUGCCAAAGGAUGAUCCCUUUGACAGUAAUUGCAUCACGCCAGGUACCGAGUUCAUGGCCAAGUUAACCCAACAGCUCAAGUACUUCAUCAGCAAAAAGAUCUCCGAGGAUUCCGAUUGGCAGGUUUGCGACGUAGUUCUGUCAGGUCACGAAGUACCCGGCGAAGGAGAGCACAAGAUCAUGGAGUACAUCAGGAAUGCAAAGGCCCAACCCGAUUAUCACCCUAAUGUUCGCCAUUGUUUAUAUGGCCUAGAUGCCGAUCUUAUCAUGCUAGGGUUGUUAAGCCACGAUCCUCACUUCUGCUUGCUUCGAGAAGAGGUCACCUUCGGCCGCGCCUCUAAGACGAAAUCGAAGGAGCUAGAGCAUCAAAACUUCUACCUGAUGCACCUAUGUAUAGUUCGAGAAUAUCUUGAAUUGGAGUUCCAGGAGUUGAAAAAGGAAGGAGCCAUAAAAGUGCCUUUCGACAUGGAGAGGAUCAUUGACGAUUUCAUACUUAUGGCGUUCUUCGUUGGUAACGACUUUCUUCCAAGUCUACCUAAUCUUCAUAUUAACGAAGGGGCUUUGGCGACCAUGUUUCGUAUUUAUAAACAAGUCCUCCCGCAGUGUGACGGUUACAUCAACGAAGGAGGGGUCAUCAACCUCAGCCGUCUGGGACUAUUGCUAGAGGAACUCUCCAAGGAGGAGGACCGAUUUUUUGAACAUGAGAACGCCGACUCCAGGUGGCUCAAGGGUAAACAGGCAGUGGAAACCAAUGGCGAAGUGCCGGCUAAGGCGAAAGGACAGCUCGUUAUGACCAGUUCUCAGAAGGAAUUGUGGAAGAAGAUAAGGAAGUUCAUAAAUACGCAGCCGCCUACUCCUCUCAACCUUGGCCACGAGCUUGUUGCUGCCGACCGAAAAUUUGUACAGGACACCGCUGAUAGCCUUCAUGUUGAAUGGCGCACCAUCGAAGACGACGAUGGACGACGCAACCUAGUCCUAACAAUUCCUACAAAUCCAGACGGCGAUGAAAAUGAUGAAGAAGAGGAAGAAGGCCAUAUGGCCUUGUUUCGCGUUAUGAAGCGUUAUGACAAAGCUCAGGUAGUCGACUCUUCUGCCGAAGAAGCCCAGGCGGCCGCGCAAGCAAAGUAUAAGGAAAAGUUCUUGGAGUGGAAAGACAAAUACUAUACAAGCAAAUUCGAAUGGUCUCCGGAGGUCAAGGAGACAGAGCUGACGAAGCUUUGUGAGAAUUACGUCCAAGGCCUACAAUGGGUGCUAUACUACUACUAUAAAGGAGUAGCUUCUUGGCCAUGGUUUUAUGGUUAUCAUUACUCUCCCAUGACAUCCGACAUUAUGAAAGGCAUGAAUGCUGAUCUAACAUUCAAACUCGGUCAACCCUUCCGACCGUUUGAACAGCUCAUGGGUGUUCUCCCAGACCGAAGCAAGAAGAUUGUUCCUUCGGUAUAUCACGAGCUCAUGACAGAUCCCAAAUCACCAAUCAUCGAUUUCUACCCACGGGACUUCGAGCUCGACAUGAAUGGCAAGAAAAUGGAAUGGGAAGCAGUUGUUAAAAUCCCCUUCAUCGACGAGAAGCGACUGUUGUCUGCAAUGGCGCCCAAGAAUGAGCUUCUUACACCAGAUGAAAAGGCUCGCAACGGCUUUGGUGUUUCAAUGAAGUUUACAUACGACCCUAACAUUGACUUUAUAUACCCCUCGUCCAUGGUCGGAAUCUUUCCCGAUAUUCCCCACUGCCAUUGUGUCGAAAAUAUUUUUGACCUACCCACAACAGAAGGGCUGGAGUUAUAUGUUGGCCUACUCGAUGGCACAAAGGUCGGCGUGGACGCGUUAGCAGGAUUCCCCAGUCUUGCUACACUACCUUACAAUGCUACCCUUGGCUUCCACGGAGUAAAUGUUUUCCAGCAGGAAAGUCGAAACGAGAGCAUGGUUGUAACCCUAGCCGACGUUGAGCUCCGAAGUAGAGUUGAGUCGGCAAAAGUCAAGCUGGGGCAAAGAUGCUACGUUGGUUAUCCCUUCUUGCAGGAGGCUAAAAUCGCACGUGUAUCGGACGAACUAUUCGACUAUUCGUUAGCUACGGAUGGUUCUGGUCAAGUGAUACAGACUCACCAUUCUGGUAGGGAGAUCGACGAUUGGAAUAGAAAGGCCUUUCGUAUUGAGAAUUUCUAUAAUAGCCGACUCGGCAUCAUUAUUGGCCCCGUCGAAUCUAUGGUCCAUGUUGAAAUGCUGAAGGGGCUCAUUAAGACGGAUGAGGGUGCCACCAUUAAAGAAUAUGGCCCAAUCCCAGGCAUGGAAACGGAUUACGCAGCACAGGUCAUUGUCGACGAAGUUGUAAGCGAAGACGAACGUUUCAUUGAAAAGGCUGCAAUACCGUUCGAGGAGGAGUUCCCCGUCGGAUCCCGCUCUUUCUUUCUCGGGGACUAUGCCUAUGGGCGCCCCCUUCAGAUCUCAAGUCACAACGACAAUCAAGCCGAGAUCAUGAUAUCUUUUCCGUCCGUAAAAGAACCAAACUUCACGCAGCAGAUCAUCCGUCGCGCCGAACAGCAAAGCGGUUAUCGACCGUCUUACGCCGUUGCGAAAGACUUGGGGCUUCACCCACUUGUUUUAAGCAAGAUCACCUCAUCUUUCUUCGUUCAUACGAUCGGCGGCAGCAUGAAGGUUAAUCUCGGACUAAAUCUCAAGUUUGAGGGAAGGAAGCAGAAGGUCUUGGGGUACUCGAGGAAGUCAAAUUCGGGGUGGGAAUUCAGUCCUGCUGCGAUUCAAUUGCUAGUAGAAUACAUGACUCGUUUCCCCGAUUUCUUCGCUGCUGUGAUGCAGAACCCGUCAGGGAGCGAACUCAACGAGACUCAACUCUGGCCGGACAGCAACGUCGCCACCGCUAGGAUUAAGGAGAUUGGCGCAUGGCUCAAAACUGUGGAGACCAGUAAGUUCGAGCGAGUUCCUCUCGAUGCCGAACAGCUGGACUCCGAAGUGGUCAUGCAGCUCCAGAAUGCGGUAGAUUCGCUAAGGGAAACCAAUGAAAAACACGAGGCUAAAAAGCUCAAGUGUGUUCCCCGGUCCGCCCUACUUAACCCGAAAGAUGCUACGCAACGACUCGGCAAUCAGAAGUUCAGCUUAGGUGAUCGGGUUGUCUAUGUACAGGCGUCUGGAAAGGUACCCAUUGCUUCUAGAGGUACAGUUGUUGGUAUAACCACUGUCGGGAAUCACCACAUGCUCGAUAUACUUUGCGACAACGCGUUCAUGAAUGGGACAACCUUAGGCGGUCGCUGCGAUCCUUUCCGGGGACAGACCGUCCCAGCCAAUUCGGUACUCAAUGUCACAAACAGGCAAGUAAUUGCAAAUUCGAAGAUGAGUCUAGAAAAGCGACCAACUCAAACAACGCUACCCCUUCAUACGCGAGGGUAUGGUGCACCUGGGGGCUCAGGUAGUCAAUUUAGAGACGCGCCAGCACCAGGUCCCCUCCGUGGGACGUGGCGGGGCGCCGUAAAUGGCUUCAAUCGGCAACCAGGACAAGGGCGUGGUGGUGGUCAGGCCCACCAGAAACCUAACGGAGCUCCUUGGCUACAGCAUAGCAGCUCGGUUUACCAGUCGGCACCCAACGACGAUCCAUCGCAAGGGUCAGCGCAGCAAACUGGUGGUUAUCCUACACGCGGUCGCGGCGGCCCGAAUCGAGGUGGACGUGGCAACCGCGGUGCCAGGGGCGCCUCGAAUAGUCCGAGCAACGUGAAUGGGUUUGCUACCCAGCAGUCAUAUAACGCUGUUCCUCCACCAGCCGGACUGGACACCCGCGGUGGUAGAGGGCGUUCACGUGGUCGUGGGGGUGGUCGUGGACGUGGAGCUCGUGGCGGAUCCAGCGUGGAUCAACAGGCUGGAAAUUCUAGCUAAGCCAUGUCAUACAGGCGCUUAUAGCAUAGGGAACAGGAGCUAUUCGACACUGGCACGGCAAACAGCAGUACGAGGUGGAGGAAAAGUGGAAGAUAGUAUAGGAUGACCUCAUAUAAGUCUUGGUAAUUUUGCCCUGGCGAAAUAAAACAUGGACACGACAAUGGAGGCGACGCAAUACAAGAUGUAUAGU